GUUCAGCCAAAGGACUUGGUGGACGACGUCGCGCUGUGCUGGGUCGGCAACGACCCGAGCGGGGUGCGAGAAAUGGCCAUUGCCACUCGUGCUUUCUGCAGGGCUGUCCGGCCCCUCGGGCUGGUGCUGCAGAUGGAUAAGUCUGGGCACCUUACGUCGUCCAGGCGCACCAGCUACCACUUUCAGAAGUACGCCAGGCUGCUGAAGAUCGCUGGCAAGAGGCACAUGCGGUAUCUUGGCCACGACCUAGCUGGGUCGUCGGCCACAAGGGCCGUGCAGACGGGACGCCUGAAGGCCAUGCACGGCAAGAAGGCCAGCGUUCGAGCAUUGCAGAAGGGAGCAGGACGACAGCGGGCGGCUCGGCUCUGGGCCACGGGCGUGCUGCCAUCAGUGGGGCACGGAGCCACGGUCAGCGGCAUCAGCGACACGGAGCUGCAGCAGAUGAGGACCAUGGCUGGCGUCUUCUGUGGCUACAAGGGGUCGGGCUCCCUGACGCUGUACCUGGCCGCGCAGCAGUGGAACUUCGACCCCAUAGUCCACGCUACCUUCAGCAUCGUGGGGCAGUACGCGGCGUGGGUGUGGGAUGGGCGUGUGACGCUCUCCCGACUGCAGCGGGCCUGGAUGGGCUUGCGUGACUCCUGGGAAGCCCGCCACACUCACGUCACGUGGGCCAGUGCGCAGGGCCCGCUUUCGGCCUUGUGGUUGUCCCUCAGGAGAGUCAACAGGAACAUGGCAAGUUCUACAAUCUUGGUUGACGAUGAGGGCCUGCAUAUCAGUUUGCUGCAGUAUUGUCCCAGUGAGGUGCUGUUUUUCCUGCGUCGCAGCCUCGACCGUUGGCAGAGCCAUCGUAUCCUCGACCAGCUGCCUGAGGCGCCCCCAGCCGAUGGUGACGGCAGGGGCUCUGCCAAGCUGCAGUCCAACGGGUUCUGGUCGCCGCAGCGCCGCAUGCAGGCUGGCUACGGCGGCGACGGUUCGUGCGAGUUCUGCGGGGAGGCCUGCUGCGACCUCGAGCAUGAGAUCUUCGGCUGCACGGAAUUGCAUCAGCAGCAGGAGGACGAGGAGACGGAGCCGUACCCCGAGGAGGUGCAGGACUUCUCGGCCGUCGACGUGCUCUACGCGCUGCCCCUGAGGCCUGCUUUCAGGCCGCUGCCUGCACGUGCUCAGGCUGAGCGCGAGUGGGGGGCGAUCGACAUGCCGUGGCCGUCGAAGUUGCACGGGGACGGGUCCUGUCUUGAAAGUGAUUUCCCUGAGGAACGGCGCUGUGGCUGGGCCGUCGUGGCAUUGACCCGAGACCUGUGGCCAUACAAAGCUUUGUUCGGGAGCCUGGGGGGCCCUAUCCAGACGGUGCCCAGGGCCGAGCGCGUUGCUGGUCUCAAGGCCCUGCAGAGGGCCCAGAGGCCAGCCACGUACGUGACUGAUCAUUUUCAGCUGCAG